CGGCGGGAGGAGGGGAGCGCGCGUUUCCCGGAACAGCCCGCGCGGAGGAAAGGGAGGAAAAAAAAGCCACCCUGCGGCCGGGGCCGGAGCUGGAGCCGCCGCUGCCGCCGCCGCUGCGGCCGUCUGGAGCUCCCCCGCGCGGACGAUGCCCGCGGUGCCCGCCCGGGGCUUGGGGCCGUGAGGCCCGGGGCGCGGGGUAGCUAUGGCGACGGCGAGCGCGGCCCGCGGCGCCGCCUGACAGGUGUGGGCCCCGGCGGCGGCGGCGCGGAGCAGCAUGUACGCCAAGGGGGGCAAGGGUUCGGCCGUGCCCUCCGACAGCCAGGCCCGCGAGAAAGGUGCUCUGGGGACACUGGUCUGGGGACUCAAGGCUCUCGGAAGUCCCUCAGCUGCCAUUGGGGAGGCUGCGGGGCCCAUCUUUGGCCAGAGCCAGCCUGCGUGCUUCCAUUUCACGGAGAGGGUCUCGUGUAAGUGUUGGUUUGGAGGUGAGGUUCCGCUAUGAAAGAAAGCCUGGAAAACACCAGAUGGCUGCAUCCCCCCAUUUCACCGAAAGGGACACCAGGGCCCUGGAGAGGAAGCCACCUGAUGAGGACUCAGCUUCUCUGGCACAGGUUAGCGCUAUACGUCUAUGAGUACCUGCUGCACAUCGGUGCCCAGAAGUCAGCCCAGACCUUCCUGUCUGAGAUCCGAUGGGAGAAGAACAUCACGCUGGGGGAGCCCCCCGGGUUCCUGCACUCCUGGUGGUGCGUGUUCUGGGAUCUGUACUGUGCAGCGCCUGACCGGAGAGAGGCCUGUGAGCACUCCGGCGAGGCCAAGGCCUUCCAGGACUAUAGCGCUGCAGCUGCCCCCAGCCCUGUGAUGGGGAGUAUGGCCCCAGGUGAUGCAAUGGCCGCAGGCCCCAUGGCAGCUGGCUUCUUCCAGGGCCCCUCGGGCUCCCAGCCAUCCCCCCACAACCCCAACGCCCCCAUGAUGGGGCCUCCCAGUCAGCCCUUCAUGUCGCCGCGCUUCCCAGGGGGCCCACGGCCCACCCUGCGGAUGCCAACUCAGCCUCCCGCAGGCCUCCCCGGCUCCCAGCCCCUCCUCCCUGGCACCAUGGAGCCCUCCCCAAGAGCCCAGGGGCAUCCGAGCAUGGGCGGCCCAAUGCAGAGGGUGACGCCUCCUCGGGGCAUGGCCAGCGUGGGGCCCCAGAGCUAUGGAGGUGGCAUGCGGCCCCCACCCAACUCCCUUACUGGCCCAGGCCUGCCUGCCAUGAACAUGGGCCCAGGAGUUCGUGGCCCGUGGGCCAGCCCCAGUGGAAACUCGAUCCCCUACUCCUCCUCAUCCCCCGGCAGCUACACGGGACCCCCAGGAGGAGGUGGGCCCCCCGGAACACCCAUCAUGCCUAGCCCUGGAGAUUCCACUAACUCCAGCGAAAACAUGUACACUAUCAUGAACCCCAUCGGGCCGGGCGCCGGCAGGGCUAAUUUCCCGCUUGGCCCUGGCCCAGAGGGCCCCAUGGCCGCCAUGAGCGCGAUGGAGCCUCACCAUGUGAACGGAUCCCUGGGCUCGGGCGACAUGGACGGGUUGCCGAAGAGCUCUCCCGGCGCCGUGGCCGGCCUGAGCAACGCCCCGGGCACCCCGCGGGACGACGGCGAGAUGGCGGCCGCCGGGACCUUCCUGCACCCGUUCCCGAGCGAAAGCGUAAGCGACUGCGUCGACUCCCCCCCCGCGGCGGCGUCGGGCCGGAGGGGCCUGGCGGGCAGGCCCCGGCGGGGCGGCCGGGGGGCCAGAGCAAGACCGUGACCGCGGCGGGCCAGGUGGGGGGGCGGCCGCGGCAUACUUCCCCUCUCCCCAACCUCUCCCCACGCCCCACCACCUCCCACGCCUGUUUCACCGUCCCGAUGCCAUCCGCCCCCACCCCGGGACCCGCGCCCCAGGGCGGCCUCCCCACGCAUCGCCCCUCCCCCGUUCCCUGCUAUCCCCAACCCGGCUGCCCAGGACCCAGCCCUGCCCUGUCCCCCAUUGUCCCUGGGGGCGGGUCUCAGCCUCUUCCGAAGCUAAACUCGGCCCCUGCGCGCUGCCCCCUCCUCUCUCCGCAGUACUCGCCAGGGAUGACCAUGAGCGUGUGAUGGGGCGGCAGCCCCGGGCCUCUGCGGGCCUAGGCUUCUGCCCAGCACCCCUGCUCAGGGCGAGGGGCUGAGGUCACACCUCGGGCACCUGGACUCCUGGCCAAUCAAGGCUUGCCCGGCUGGGAGGCCCCACACGAAAGACUUAUCAUUUUAUUAAAAACACAAGGACCUCAGAGACGUUCUUUUCUGUAUGGACCCUUCCUGCCAUUUGUAUUUUGUCCCAGAGGGCUCUUUGGGGGGGCCCCUCUCCCCAGGACGUCAGGGGGUGGGGCCCAUCAAUAAAUGGAAGCUGGUUUUGGUUUUUGGUA